AUGGAUGCGGUUAAUAAAGCAAAGCGCACUGUUUUUAGAACUCAAACAACAAAAUUAAUCAACAAAAUUGAUGCCAAAUUUAUAGAAGAUUUAGAAGACGAAAUUUUAAAAUGUGAUGAAUACAACUCUAACAUAGUAAUUUGGCGAUCAAUAGUAAAACGUGCCAAAACAAAUUUUGAAGUUCCUUCCCAUUUCAUUGCGCCGACUGCGACGUUAAAUGGUUCAGAAACAGAACAAAGAAUCGUGAUUCGGGAAAAUGAAACUGCUCACAUUAAUCUACCGCGACUGAUUAUCGAUAAAUUUGAUGGUGAUCCGUCAGAUUGGCAAAGAUUCUGGGACCAAUAUGAGUCUGCAAUCCACAAGAAUACCGAUAUUUCUAAUGUAGACAAAUUCAACUAUUUACGUUCAUAUUUGAAAGGGGCAGCUUCGAAUGCAAUUAAAGGAUUUAGCUUGACCAAUAAUAAUUAUCAAUCGGCUAUCGACACCUUAAAAGACCGUUUUGGCAAGAAAACCAUAGUUAUUAACUCUCAUUUGAAUAAGUUACUUAGCCUUAAUGCCGUAAAAAGAUCAAAUGAUGUUGUUUCCUUGCGUAAAUUAUUUGACACUUGUCAAACUGAAAUAAGAAAUUUGGAAUCGCUGGGAGUAACAGAAGAUAGCUAUGGAACCCUACUUUGUCCGAUUCUGAUCAGAUUACUGCCAAACGAUAUAGUAUUAGAGAUAACUAAGAAGUACACCAUAGAUGAUGAAUGGAAGGUUUCGGAAAUAAUGAAAAUUUUAAAAGCCGAAGUAAUAAGUCGGGAAAAGGCCGCAACUUUAAUUUCAAGUUCAAGUACGCAGAACACUGAGCACUUCCCCCCUGUACAUAGUAAACGUGAUUCUCAAGAACUGUCUCACAAAACUAGCAAAAAUCGUCCUUCAACUGCGUCCGAAUUGUUGAACGAAACAAAAUUUAAGGGAGGUAAAUGUUUUUUCUGUGAAGAGGAUAAACAUUUAUUACGAGAUUGCAAAGAAUUUAAGAUGAAACAAAUGAGUCAAAAAAGAGAUUUUCUGAUGAAACUAGGUUGCUGUUUUAUUUGUUUUAAUAAAGGACAUUUAGCCAAUAAAUGUAGAAGUGUCAUAAAAUGCCGCAUCUGUUCAAGACGUCAUUAUGAGAUGAUGUGUCCCGAUAUUAAGAGAAGUGGAAUUAGGGAAAAUUCUGAAGAUAAUGACAGUGAACUAGAGAAAAGUGUUGAUGCGUUACAUUCUAUGACUUCCAAAGAGGUUCUCUUGCAAACUUUAGUUGUAAAGUUAAUUGGUAAAAAUGAAGAACGAAAUGUCCGUGCGGUUAUUGAUACAGGUUCACAGUUUUCAUACAUCUUGAAACCUACCGUUAUAGAAAUGGGAUUUAAAGUGCAAGGAGAAGAAGAACUUAGUCAUUCAUUAUUUGGUGGCGCAAAAACAAAAAUUGAGAAGCAUCGUUCUUAUAAAAUUCUUUUGGCAGAUCUGAAAGGCAGUUAUACUUGCAGUCUAGAUGUUUUAGAUCAAAACAUUAUUUGCAAUGACAUUCCAAGUAUAAGAAAGGGACCUUGGUUAAAGGAGCUGAAAAUGAAAGGCAUUCAUCUAACAGACGUUCAAAGAAACUUUGGAUCGGUUGAAGUUCAUUUAGGUGCAGACGUUGCCGGAAAACUUUUCACAGGGAAACGUGAAGAAUUAGCUUCCGGUUUAGUUGCUCUACAUACUAAACUGGGAUGGACUUUGCUAGGGAAAGUUCCACAAAAUAAUUGUAAAAGAAAUUUUACUAUGAGUGCUACAACUAUGCUGUCCCAAAAUGAAAUGUCAGUAUCCAAGUUGUGGGAUUUAGAAAUUAUCGGAAUAAGAGAUCCAAUUCAACAAAAUUCUAAAGAAGAUGCAUAUAAGGCAGUUAUGAAUUAUUUCCAAAAAACAGUGAAACAAAACGAAGACGGCAGAUACGAAGUAAAUUUACCGUGGAAGAUGGAUAAUGCCAUUCUACACGAUAAUUAUAAUCUAUCGUUGAAAAGACUUGAAUCUACUUGUAGAAAUUUAGACAAAAGAGGACUUCGAGAUAAAUAUGAUGAAGUUUUUGACGAAUGGAUUCAAGAAGGGAUAAUCGAAGAACUAUCAAAUUCUGAGAUAGACAUGCCAGCGCAUUACCUACCUCAUCGCCCGGUUAUUAAAGAAAAAGGUACGACCAAGAUUAGACCAGUGUUUGAUGCGUCUUCAAAAGGUCCCAACCAUCCCUCAUUAAAUGACUGUUUAGAAACAGGAAUAAAUUUAAUCGAAACUAUUCCUUCGAUUUUAGCAAGGUUUAGAGUAGGAAAAAUAGGGGUUGUUGCUGACAUUAAAAGGGCCUUUUUGCAGAUAUCAGUGAAUAAAGAAGACAGAGACUUUUUACGCUUUUUAUGGUAUAAUAAGAACAAUGAAUUAACCAUUUUUCGUCAUACGAGAGUAGUUUUCGGCGUUACCAGUAGCGCUUUUCUCUUGUCAGCGGUUCUAGACCACCAUUUAUACAGAACAUCAUUAAGUGAGAAGGAAACAAGAGUGAUUUCAGAAAAAUUAAGAAAUAGUUUUUAUGUAGAUAACUGUGUAACAAGUGUGCAUGAUAAAUUUGAGGCUCAUACUUUCAUAGAAGAGAGUACAAGAAUAAUGAAAGAAGGAAGAUUUGAGCUGAGGGGGUGGGAAACUACCGCUCUUGAUCCAUUUUCUUUACAAGAAGCUAAAUCUAACGUUCUGGGACUCGUCUGGGAUAAAAAUUGCGAUUCUUUAGAGAUUGAUCCUACAUGUCUUGAAUUUGAAGAAAAAGCACUUACAAAAAGGAAUCUCCUUUCUCUUGUGGGAAAAUUUUUUGAUCCUAUUGGUUUUCUAGCUCCAGUUUUGAUUCAACCUAAGCUUCUGCUUCAAGAAAUGUGGAAAACGAAGUUAUCAUGGGAUAUUGAAGCAAGUGAAGAUAAAAAGAAAAGAUUCUUGAAAUGGAAAAAAGACAUACCUCUUUUGCAAAAUAUUAAAAUCCCAAGAUGGUUAGGCAUUACACCAGAUAUAAAUAUUAGCUUCCACACAUUUGUAGAUGCAAGUCAAGUUGCUUAUGCCGCUUGUGUCUUCAUUAGAUGUGAAUAUUCAGGAAGAGGAGUCAGUGUUCAGCUUCUGCAAGCAAAGGCUAGAAUAACUCCCUUGAAGCCUAUCACUAUUCCUCGACUUGAGCUCAUGGCCGCAACCAUAGGAGCAAGACUUUAUGUAUCUUUAAAGGAAUCUCUGAGCUUAGAGCAGGUGAGAUCAUUCUUCUGGACUGAUUCAUCUACCGUUUUAGCUUGGAUAAAGAGACCAGAUCAAUGGUCGGUUUUUGUGAGAAACAGAGUCAAUGAGAUUAGGAAACUAACAGAAGCAGACAAUUGGUUCCACAUAAUUGGCCGUGAAAAUAUUGCGGACUUACUGUCAAGAGGAUGUGGAGUGAAACAGUUACUGAAAUCUCCUGGUGGUUAG